GUCCAGGGCGGGCGCAGGCCCAGGGAGGGGGCGCGGUGUCUCUGGAGUCAGGCGCUCCCUCAGGCCGCGGGCGCGAUGCUGGCUGCUGCGGAUUCCGCGGCGAUGCCGGCGGGGAUGUGACGGGCAGUCCCUCGCCUCACCUGCAGUCCUUGGACCCGUGGGUCACUGGGCGGCCCGCAGUCGGGCCGCAGCGGAGGAGGCAGCGUGACCUCCUCACGAUUCUGUCAAAUUUUAAGAACAAAUGCAUCUUAUAGCUCAUGGAAGAAAAAACACAAAUCAAGACAUUUUUGGGUUCCAAAUUGCCAAAGUAUGGAGCAAAAUCUGUGAGAAGUACACUGCAGCCAAUGCCAAAUGGGACACCUGUUAAUUUAUUGGGAACUUCCAAGAGUAGCAACGUCAAAAGUUACAUCAAAAAUAAUGGCUCUGAUUGUCCAUCAUCCCAUUCAUUUAAUUGGAGAACAGCAACUAAAUACCAGCUCAGUGCACAGAGUGUUGAAGAGCGUAACAGUACUCAAACUUCACACGAUAAAGUAAUUGAUCCUGAAAAGCAUGCACCUACUCAAGGAAUGUUUGAUAAAAAUGGGAUAAAGGGAGGCUUGAAAAGUAUUUCUUUACUCACAUCAAAGUUAGCAAAGCCAUCCACUAUGUUUGUGUCAUCUACAGAGGAGUUAAACCAAAAGUCUUUGUCUGGACCAUCUAGUUUGGGUAAAUUCACCAAAGGCACAUUAUUAGGAAGGACUUCAUAUUCUUCAGUCAGUGCUCCAAAAUCACAGUUGAAUGGAUUGUAUGGGAACCGUUCAGCUGGUAGCAUACAAAGGCCUAGAGCAAACUCCUGUGCCACCAGAAGCAGUUCUGGAGAAGGCUUAGCACAGUCCCUAGACAAUAUUAAAUCUCUUACUUGUGAAAAAAUGGUAAGGUCACAAAGUUUUUCACAUUCCAUUCAGAAUUCAUUCCUUCCACCUUCAUCUAUAACCAGAUCACAUUCCUUCAAUAGAGCUGCAGAUCUUACAAAGCCUUAUCAGAACCAACAGCUACCCAUUAGAGUGCCUCUGAGGUCAAGUAUGCUAGCAAGAAAUUCCCGACAGUCAGAAGUACUCAAUGGAAAUGAUCACUUAGGGUUUGGAUUUAAUAGGCCUUAUGCUGCUGGUGGAAAAAAGUUGGCUUUACCAAAUGGCCCAGGUGUAACUUCCACUUUGGGUUAUAGGAUGGUUCAUCCCUCUCUACUGAAAUCUAGCCGACCUCCAUUUUCUGGCACUAUCACAGUUGAUGGUAAUAAAAAUUCACCUGCUGAUUCAUGUGUAGAAGAAGAUGCUGAACUUACGGCUGAGGACAGAGCUACUAAUAAGGACCAAGAACUAAUUGAAAAUGAUAGUUAUAGAACAGAAAAUGACCAGACCAUGAAGCAUAAUGCUAAAAUUAGAUACCUGAGUGAUGAUGUGGAUGAUAUUUCCUUGUCGUCUUUGUCAUCUUCUGAUAAGAAUGAUUUAAGUGAAGACUUUAGUGAUGAUUUUAUAGAUAUAGAAGACUCCAACAGAACUAGAAUAACUCCAGAGGAAAUUUGUCUCAAAGAAGAAAAGCAUGAAAAUGCACCAUCGAAGGAUGUAUUUGAUUCCCCCAAGGAAAAUGAAAAAAGUAAAACUGACGAGUGGUUAGAUAUAAGUGUCUCUGACAGGAGUGAAUGUACAAAACAUACUUCUGGAAAUAACUUGAUUUCACCAGAUACAGAUUACAGAGCUGGUUCUUCAUUUGAGCUCUCUCCAUCUGAUAGCUCUGAUGGAACAUACAUGUGGGAUGAAGAGGGUUUGGAGCCCAUUGGAAAUGUCCAUCCAGUUGGGAGCUAUGAGUCUUCAGAAAUGAAUAGCAUAGAUAUUCUGAAUAAUCUUGAAUCAUGUGACCUUGAGGAUGAUGACCUUAUGCUUGAUGUGGAUCUGCCUGAGGAUGCACCUCUUGAAAAUGUGGAGUGUGACAAUAUGAACCGCUUUGACCGGUCAGACAGAAAUGUUCGGCAGUCUCAGGAAGGAUUUUGGAAAAGGCCACCCCAGAGGUGGAGUGGACAGGAGCAUUACCACCUCAGCCAUCCUGACCACUAUCAUCACCAUGGAAAAAGUGACUUGAGCAGAGGCUCUCCCUAUAGAGAAUCUCCUUUGGGUCAUUUUGAAAGCUAUGGCGGGACCCCCUUUUUCCAGGCUCAGAAGAUGUUUGUAGAUGUACCCGAAAAUACAGUGAUACUGGAUGAGAUGACGCUCCGGCACAUGGUCCAAGAUUGUACUGCUGUAAAAACUCAGUUACUCAAACUGAAACGUCUGUUGCAUCAGCAUGAUGGAAGUGGUUCAUUGCACGAUAUUCAACUCUCUUUGCCAUCCAGUCCAGAACCAGAAGAUGGUGAUCAAAUAUAUAAGAAUGAAGAUUUAUUAAAUGAGAUAAAACAGCUUAAAGAGGAAAUAAAGAAAAAAGAUGAAAAAAUUCAACUAUUAGAACAUCAGCUUGCAACUCGGUGUAACUGUCACCAAAAAUCUAAAGAGGAAAAAUGCACAUAUGCUGAUAAAUAUACUCAAACACCCUGGAGAAGAAUUCCUCCUCAAGUACUACAGCCUUCCAGCAGCCUUCCCAGACCCACAGACCACGCCCAGGGAAAACUAAUAAAGCCGCAACAUAUCGAGGCCCACAGUGAAUGCACAAUCCAGGACAUACAGCGGGGUGUUGCACAUCUGGAUGAAAGCUUUACACAUGGCUUACAACAAGAAAGCAGCUAUGGUCUGGAAGACCAGCCUUUUUCUUCAAGCCCACAAUUCGCUGAGGAUGUGGCUAAGAAUACAUCUUCUGAAGCAAACUUGAACAUGACCACGAAUGCUCAAGAGCCUUAUCAUUCGGCAAAUAAUCAAAUUAGUGACAUGCAAUUUGUACCUACUUCCCUUCAGACACUUCCCCAGUCAAGUACAGUAGAUCAUACUAAGAGAGUUGGAAGAAAUCAGUCUUCACUGGAGGGCUGCACAUCCCAGCCCAAGUCCUUACCGCUUUUUAAGCCAUCCAUCUCAAAUUCUUUGGUACCUCCUCCAGUUUCUGAAUCAUCUCCAAGUAGGACUCCCACUUGUAAAAAGUCACCAAUAAUCACACCAUGGAAUUCAUCAAAACUUCAGCCAACAUCUAGUCAAACAAAUCUUGCAAGCAAUCCAAAUCCAAAAGCAUCUAAGCUCCGUCCCCCUUCUGGCUCUUUCAGACAAAAACAAAUAAGCAGCUCCCAACUAGAGCCUCAAAACUUCCAGGCCAAGACAAGCAUCCCAAGGCCUCUAACAAGAAGAAAAGAAAUCAUGCAGAAUCUGAACAGCAAUUUGAAUUCUGGGGAUUGUUUGGCUUCUAAUCGAUACUCCCGUCUUCCUAAACCAAAGAUACAUUAAGUGCACAGCCAUCACCUGCCAAUUUGUUUUUUAAAAAAACAAUCUGUUCUGUAAUAGCUUUAUGUGCAGUUUGCUACCAUGAUGGAGGUUUCAUUGAAAGCUUGCAAAUCUUAAAAUUAAAAUGUGGAAGCUUCUAAUAGUUUGGCUCUUCCAUUUUAUAUCCUGGUUGAAGUACACAGCAUUUGAGUAUAUUUGUCUCAGGUAAACACAAAAGUUUGCUUGCCCAUUUCAGAGACCUACAGAAGGCUCUAAUCAUGUUAUCCAUCCCUCUGCACAUCAGAAAGUUCAUAAUAUUCCACUUAGCAGGCAAGAAAAGUGCUUUGUUCAUUUAGUCCUUUUAAGGUCUGUAUUAAAUGUGGUUCUUAGAGCCUCACCCUUUUUCACUUGUCCCUCCUGUGAAUAUGGUUACUGUUUUAACUGAAGAUAUGGUGAUAAUUGAAGAUGGUAGACUGUAAGUAAAAUUCUGGCCAGUGCUUUGUGUAUUCAAAAGGUCUAUGCAAAAGCUUUGUGAUGAAUAAAAGAGAUCAGGCUUUUAAUGGGAAGUCUAUGUAAGUUUUAUUUUUCCUUGCUAGGAUCAGCCAGUUAGUCUCAGUAUUUAUUUAUUUACCACAUAAAGAAACAAAGAUGUUUCAUGUGAUAUAAAAACCAAUUCUAUGUUGCUUUAGCAUCUUGUUUUGCAUGUGUGUGAGUACACACACACACACGCACACACACACACGCACACACACCCACCCACCCCAUUUGUAUUUGUUUUUGCUACUCCAUAAAUUUUGGAAAGCUUGGGUUACAUUUUGAAGCCUGUACCUAAAGAUGUAUUCAUUUUGUAACAUGUGUUGUUGGUGCUAGAGUUUUGCUGGUAAUUGUUUUGAACCCUGUAGGCUUAUGGAUCCAUGAUAACUGUUUUAAGGUUCCACAGCUUAUAUUUUAAAUUAAGUCUUUAUUAUAAUAUUUAUAUUUAUUGACUUUCUGCUAAUAUCUGAAGACUGGAAUAAUGGACUUGAAAUGUUUGCACAAACCUUUGAUGAGCUAUAAAUACCCCACGGAAUAGGGAUUGAAACUAUUUUCUAUAGCAAAACAGUUAAAAUAUUUUGAGAAUAAUUAUAAACUUAAGUAAGACUAUCUUGAGAAAGCUGGAAUUCUUAAUAGUUUUUGUUUUUCUGAGUUUUCCAGGUUUCCCUUUUAUGUUAGUGUGUUUGGCAGUUUCUUGAAAAGUAGAUUUGGGAUGAAAAAUAGAAUUGGAGAGGGACAUUGUGUUUUAUUAAAAGGUAUUAAAAGCUAUCUUAAUGUUUUAGGAAGGUAGCUGGGGAACCGCCAAGGGACCAUAUACACCAACCCAAUCAUGGUGCGGGCCACUCAUCAGAUGGUUCAAUAAAUUUACCCUCUGUUCUCCCAAAUCAUGUCAUCUUUAGGCAGUUCACCUGUUGCUGCUUUAAUUAGAAUUAAUGUUUUUCAGAUAGCCUUUUACAAAGUCAAUUUUUGUUGUGAUCAGCUGACCAAAACUGUAUCAUAAGGGAUUAUGACCAAAAAGUUAGUCACUCAAAGUUCCAGGGAUUUCAUUUUAAAAAUGGACACUGGUGAAAUUGCCCCUUUUAAGAAAAACAACAGCAAGUGCUUUUGUGGAAAUUUCGAAAGAGCUGUUUCCUGUCAUUUUGAUGUAGUCUUCCCUUGCCUACCAGAGGACCAUUUGAGUGAAUUUGCCAUUCACUGGAUACAAAAACCAUUCUUGGAUUUGGUAAGAGGUGAGCGACACAAAUCUAGUACCAUAGUCUCAUUCAACAGAGAAGCGCUAAAGUUCAGAAAGAUUUUCACAUAGUCCAGAUAUUGUUAGUGUAAAGUACUCAGACAUAUCAGCAAAGCUCUUCUUUGUUCAUAGAGACAAGAAGUGAUGGCUGGCAGCUGUAAGUGGGUACAUGUGGUGUAUCAUCUUGAAGAGGAACAAAAACUGAUCUCAUAUAUUGCAAAUGGAAUGUUAUCACACUAUAUUUUCCUAAAGUAAACAUUGAUGAAUUGGUUUUGGUUUAUUUAGAAGUUGGUGUAGACUCUUGUGAAAUAUUAUUUACAAGUAGUCCUUUAAUGGAAAAGUUCAAAGCUUUUACUUAUUUUUGACCCCCUAGUCUGAGGGAAAUAUCUUUGUCAUAUAAAAAUGUUGACUCCUGCAAUUUGUUUAUUCCAGUCUUUUUCCUGCUCUAUUUUUUCUCCCUGAUGAAUUUACAGAAAUAUUAACCCAUGAGUUUAUCAACUUCUCUGUGCUUUUGUUGAGCCUCAGUCUUGGCUCAGCAAUAUAAUUAUGAAGCAUAAUAUAUUUAAGAGAAAAAAUCUAGUAUGCUUGUACAAAACAAGUUUUGCCUGCAGUUUGCUUUUAAAAACUGCAUGAAUAUUUCUUUAAAAACUGCUCCAUAGUAAUUAAGUCAGAAAUGAGGUGAGGAUGUAACUCACCUGAAUAAUCAGGGAUCACUCUCAGAUUUGGCUUGAUCUCUGUUUAGUGCUUCUAUAAGUCAACUCUGUGCCAAAUCCUCCUCUACGGGAACUCAGAUCACUUUUUUUCUGAGUUCUUGUGAUUUCGGUGAAGAUGGCUGCAGUAUAUGAAUUGUAAAUCCUGAAGAAAAAGUUUUGUGGGGGUUGGUUAAGUUUCACAUUUGUGAAUGAGAAAAGUAAUAGAGCAUGUAGAAUUUGACAUUCGGCUGUUGAUGGAAUGGAUGUAUAUCAAAUUCUUUAGAGAAGGCUUGGCCUAAGGAGUUAAUCAAUACAGGUGCAGAUGAUUUUAAGGCAUUAAACAAAGGAUUAUAUAGUUAUAUCAUUUAGAAUGUUUCUAAUAACUGAGACCCUCUAGCAUUUUUCUUUUGGAGUCUCAUUUUAAUUUGUGCAAUAUUUUCAGGCAUAUAGACUACUGUUCAUUGUAUUUAUAUAGACGUUAGGGAACUUAGUAAGUAUUUUAACAAGUAAAAAUCUGAAUAAUGAGAGAAAGUAUCAGAUUUGCACUUUAAAAUAAGCUUAAUUGCUUGGAGUUGUGCCUGAAAUAUCGAAAUGCCUCUUGGGCGUGGCUUUGUUGUUGAAAUGAAUUUCUCUAUAACUGUUGCUGUUUGAAGUACAGCCUUUCACAGAAUUAUAUCCUCAGCAUGUCACUUUACUCAUUAAAGCACUAAGUUCUUUGAAUGUUUCAUGGUACCCUUAAGUAUUUUACUCAGUGUGUCAAAGAGAACAUGAUCCACCCCCUCCCGUAGCUACUGUCACUUCUGGUCUUCCUGUAGAUGGUUGUUACAGACACAGAAGUGCACUUCUCAUUUCUGGGCAGAGUUGUCAUGAUGGUUUCCUGGUCUCUGGGACACUGACGAUGUAAUUUGGAGUCACCAACUAGGCUUGCAAUGAAGUUCAGUAAGACUGCAGCAUAGUUUCAGUUUACUCUUCUCCUACACAGUAGUUUUCGUGUUUAUAAAUUAGUUCAGGUGGUUAUGUUUGCAUGCCUAUGCAUACAUUUGAAAAUUAAUUAUAGCUGUAAUACAAAUACCUGAUGUUUUUCCUUGAGGAUGAUGGCCUUGCUGUUUUUCUUAAUUCUGAUGCUUGAAUUAUAUUUUCUAAUUUUCUUUCCACACCUCCCUUCAAUUUUUCUGCUGCAGCAAUUUGAAAGAAUACACUUGGAUAAAUGAUUAUGAUGGUGGGUGCCAAUCUACAACUAUGCUAUUAAUUAAAGAUACAUCAUAUAUUUUAACUGUGUUGGGGAAAAGCUACCCACUUUCUCCUCAUUAGAGUGUCACCAUAACAAAAUAAUACUGACCCUACAAAUUUAAAGUCUCUAAGUCAUUACUAACUAAAAAACACCACAGUCUUUAAUACCUGCAGUAUUGUUUUCCCCAUUGAUUUUAAAAACCAGAGUAAAUACUGUAUAUUAGAAUUUGCUUGUAAAAUGAGUUAUAAAAACUGGAUGUAAAGUCUCUUUCCUGAAAAUGUUGGCAUAGUAAAUAAAAAUAAAGUUCAUAAUUAUAAAA